AUGAUGCUCUGGUGCCUUAGCUGGUGCAGGUUUGUGGAGAUCUCUGGUGUCAUGGUUAUUCCAAAGACAUCUGAGGACUCCCCGGAGUUGGUGGACCUGGCGCAGUGGUUGCAAGACCCGCAGCACACUGCGACAGCUUUGCGGAUUCUGGCCCACACCAAGGGGCCACACACAGCUGCGACUCUGCUGCGAAGUCUGCAAAACGGCAGGAGCCAAAAGCAUCUGGGCUUGUCGAAGCGCAUGUGGUCGAGACACAGUGCGCACGAGUCGGGGACUCAGAUCAACGCACUGCACUAUGGCAGCGUAAUUUCUGCAUGCAGCACAAGGGGAGAUUGGCAGCUGGCGAUGAGCUUGCUGCUGCAGAUGUGUGACUCUGACCUCCAGCCAGAAAUGGUGACCCGCAACAAGCUCUUAAACGCCUGCUCAAAGGGGCGACGCUGGCAGCUGGCAGUAGCCAUACUGGGUGGUAUGGUCUCGAUAACCAGCUUCGACAUGAUUAGCUUUGGCACCGCCAUCAGUGCUUGUGCCAAAAGUGAGCAGUGGCAAGCUGCGCUGCACCUUCUGCAGUGGAUGGGCGACACGCGGUUGAGGCCGAACACCAUCUGCUGCAACUCCGCACUCAGUGCAUGCGGUGCAAAUGGGAAUUGGCAGAUUGCUUUGCAGAUGCUCAAUAGCAUGAUUGAUGCGAGUGAUGCCUGUGCACAUCCGGACCAAAUUAGCUGCAAUGCAGCUCUCAAUGCAUGUCGUCGAGCCGGCGAGUGGGUACCAGCUUUGGGUCUGCUGGAGAAAAUGCCCGAGCUUCGGCUGACUCCAGACGAGAUCUCUUACAACUGUGUUAUGAGCUCAUGUGAGCAGACUUCGAACUGGCGGCUCGCCUUGGACCUGUUUUUUUCCAUGCAGUCCUCGGAGCUCCAGAUUGGCACUGUUGCUGUCAGCUCCGCUAUGAGCGUUUGUCGCGCAAGUGGUCGAUGGCGAGACGCUUUGCGACUGUCCCAGCUCAUGGCAGAAAGUUUCAUCGAAUCGGAUCAGAUCAGCAUGACCACCCUGAUUGGGGCAUGCGACAAUGGCGGCCAAUGGUCACUUGCUCUAUGUAUCUUCGAGCAACAGGAUUUGCCUGAGUUCGACAUUGCAUUUGCCAGUGCGGCCAUCAAAGCAUGCUCUACGCGAGGUCAGUGGCUCCAGUCUUUCCAACUCUUCCACAGCAUGCUGAAUGCCAGCAGUCAGCCUGAUCUUCUUUGCUAUACAAUGCUUGUACACUCGUGCGGAAAGGGCAAUCAAGUUGUCUUGGCGUCUGAGCUGCUGCGUGACAUGCCGAUGUUUUCUUUGAUUCCAGAUACGGCCAUCUACAACUCCGCAAUCAACGCCUGUGUGGGGCACAGCUGGAUGCACGCCUUGGCUCUUUUCAACGAGAUGCAGCGAGCCAUCUGCCAACCAAACAUGCUGACAUGCACAAGCGUGCUGGCUGCCUUGCAGAAAGACGCGCAAUGGCAGACGGCAGUUGAGAUCCUACGGCAGAUGGUGAAGAUCAGAGUAGAUCCUGAUGCAGCGUCUUACAAAGCCGCGGUUGAGUCCAUUGAUCCUGUCUCUGGAUGGCAAUUCGCAGUGCAGAUGAUCUCCGAGGCAUCUCGCGCACAGCUGCUCGACGCUGGCCUCGCCGAAGCCGCGACGUGUGUGCUUGGCCGUGACGACCUGUGGGCUGAAGCCUUGAACCUUGUCAACCAGUUGCAGGAAAGCUCGAUUGAAGUGGAUGGACUGGCCAGCCAAGUGAUCGGUGCUCCUAAGGGUCACUGGCAAGCAGCGCUGGCAUGGCUGCGCCGCAUUGAGGCGAAUACGCUGCGCCCGCAGGUGGCAGACUAUACGUCUGCCAUCGCAGCCUGCAAGGCGAGUGCCUCCUGGGAAGUUGCCUGGUUGCUGCUGCAAGAGAUGGGGUCCUCCAGGCUCGUUCCAAAGGUCACAGCCUUCAAUGAAGUCAUCCAUGCUGCUGAUAAGGCUGGAGAGUGGAGGCUUGCAGCGCACUUGCUGAAGGUCAUGCCUGAGAUGAGCGUGUCUCCCAACAUUGCCAGCUACAACUCGGCGAUCAGUGCAUGUGAAGCGGCGAAAGAAUGGCAACAAGCAUCUGCCAUCCUUGUCACCAUGAGAAUCCUAGCUCAGAUCCCUGACGAGAUAUCCUUCAACGCAGCUAUCAGCGCAGCUGAAAAGGCUGGCCAGUGGGAACACGCACUUCAGCUACUGGCGAAUAUGUCAGCUGAGGCCGUGAAUCCAAGCACAAUCUCUUACAAUGCUGCAAUCAGUGCAUGCGCGAAACCUGGUGAAUGGGAGGUAGCCCUUGCCCUUCUAGCUGUGAUGAGCGAGACAGGUCUGCCUUGCGAUGAAAUCACCUUCAACUGUGUAUCGAAUGCAUGUGAGAAAGCUGGCCGUUGGCAGCUAGCUUUGGAGUUGCUGCUGCAGAAGCAGAGUCCCACCAAGGUUGGCGCGCUGGUGUACCGGAUCUGUAGCCGGGAGGGUAGGUUGGAAUGGGAUGAUCUGCGUGUGACUCCAGCAGAGGCCUCGCAGGUCGUCUGGCGCCUUGCGAAGCUCUCGCGAUUGGGAGCCGGAUCCUCGGGGCUGGCCAAGCCCGCUCGGCGAGUGGCAGCCGCAGUGCGCGCUGAUGAUUUCGAGCUUCAGGAGCUCUCGGCCGUGUUGUGGUCUCUGGGCCGCCUCGGCGGUUUGUCCGACUCGGAUUCGCUGACACAACAGCUGAGCAAGGCCGCCUUCCGUCAGAUGGAAGGAGGGGCCAAUGCCAAUGGGGCAAAACGUCUCAGCAUUCGCAGUAUGGCCAAUCUGGCAUGGGCAUUGUCAAACACGGACACAGCUGGCACGCUGGGUCAACUUCAAAAUGAGUUGGCCUGCCGCUCACUUCGAUUACCAUCCCAAUCCAUGUCCCAGGCAUCAUGGACAGAGUUUUUUACGGCCGCAUUUGCCAUCCUGUACGCUGCUCAUUUUGCCGGACAGCUCUUGCCCAAUGCCGCACAGACCGUACGCUCAGCACUCGUGAGGCAGGGUGCCCGGCUCGAUGGGGCUGAACGCACUCCAGCGCUGCCACUACCGAAAGAGAAGCAGGACAAGGAUGAGGAACUGGAGGGAGGUGCGCGAGAUUCGCAUCCCGAGCCCUGUGAGCCCUGGGCACAGGAGCUGCGAGGCGCCUUGUUGGUGCGAAAGCCGCCCCAUUGGCAAGUGGAUGAACGAGAUGCCAUGUACGAGGCCGAGCAGUUCUUUGACGAUCGCGGGUUGCUCUCCAACUUUGUGCGGGCCAUGAAACCAUACCGUCAGUGCCCAAUCCUUCAACAGACAAGUCACCAGCGCGGGUUCUUGCAUCGCUUGGAUGUUCCAAGCUCAGGCUUGAUCCUAGUGUCGACUUCCUUCGAAACCUUCUUCGAUCUCAAGUUUCAGCUGGCCACGGGGCUGCUGAUGCGGGGCUACAUAAUUCUAUGCCACGGGCUGCUGAACCCCUCGAGGUCCGGGAUUAGGUCUCCCAUCAACUGGCUGUCGUUUGGCCCAGACUCAAACAGAGCGAGCUUGGUACAAGACGCCGGACGACCUUCCCGGACGAGCGUUCGAUCACUAGCCCAAGCAUUUCACGGCCACAGAGCCUUUACCCUGGUUCACGUUCAGAUCAUGACUGGACGCCGACACCAAAUUCGGGUUCACACUUGCUACAUUGGGCACCCGACCUUGACUGAUGGGAAGUACUCGUCCACGAGCACCUACGCAGAGGACUUGGCCUGGUGUCCUCGAAACUUCUUGCACCGGCACAAGCUGGUCUUUCACGUUUCUGGCCAGGAAUUGGAAGCAUUUGAGGACCUUCCGCCAGAUUUGGAAGCUGCUCUACGGAAGCUCAAUCUCGAGGCACUUUGGGACGGGGAUCAGCACGCGAGAGUCGCUGGUCGGCUGGAGUCUUCCUUCAAGCUCCAAGGGGCCAGGUUCAUGAGGUUCAAGUGUGCGGAGGAGACCCAACAACUAACCAGCACCCUCAGCAAGAUGCUGCAGUGGACAGGUGUCCUUUCGUCUACACCUUGGCGCCAAGAGUAUGCUAUGGUCCUGGACAGCAUCGACAAGACGAUGAAUGUGCGGCUUGAGAUUCUGGACAUAACUGCGCCGCUGAUGAAGGUCAACUACCCACCCUGCUUGUCUGCAUCCGUGAAAUUUGCAGAUGCAGCACAGGCCGCAGCGCGAGAGGCCACAGCAGUUCGCUCACUAAUGGUCAAGCGAAUCGAAUGGCGUGUUGCUCGCAUCUCCGAGCGAGUUGCUGCUGCGCGAGCUGCGGCAAAUGAGCUUGGUGCGGAGGAGGCGUGGGAGCCCAUCGUGUCCCCGCCCUUCGCAGCAGGGGGGUUCGAAGGGCUGCAGUUGCACUUGUAUCCUCUGGGCUAUCGAGCCAAGGGCGAGGAGACCUGCGGCUUCUUCCUCCUUUGCCCAAAAGGAAUGUAUGUGAAGUGCAAGGCCUUCGUUGGCGAUGCAGUGAGGAACUGGGACCACCACUAUGCUGACAGAGAGCCUUACGGCCGGGGGAACUUCUGUCGCUUGCAGGACAAGGUUGAUGCAGACGACAGUGUUCUCUGCGGAGUCGAGUUGCAGGAGAUCCGAAUGGAGCACACCACACAGGUGAGGGGUGGCCCCUUCGGGAACAUGGCCGACCAGAUGAAGGUGGUGAAUCAUCCAUCGGUGGGAAGUUCCUGCCUCGGCAGACAGAAGAGCGACAAGUCUGAGCGUUAUCCCUCGCAGGAAUGUUCUGCCUUUGUACGGUUGGAUGGCGGCUAG